AGCGUUCCCCAGUGCAAACCAGGAUUUGAGGGGUUUAUGACUGUGUUUGAUCAGCUUUCACUGGAUGGACUCCGGUUUAAUCUGUAUUUGAGGAAUACUUUUUAUCUGGCUUUCAACCGAAAAGAGGUUCUGAUUUUGGGAUUGGGGAAUCUAAUCACAUCUGCAUCUACACUGUUAUGGCUUUGGAGGAUAUUUGUCGCUUCAAAGACAGGCAUCACAAGUGGUUUCCUUUUUCAUCUUUGGAGGAUACGGACACAUCUCUUUAUAUGAUGGACUAUUUCAACCUCAGGUGGAGAGGACUGAGGACAUCAGAAAAAAAUAGUGCGAUUCCACUUGACUUUUUCACGCCACCUUCAGCAAACUCUGCCUCUUUCUGCCUUCCUAACCACUCCACGACUGUUCGCAGGCCCUUCCCUUUGUCUCAUGGGACAACCACCCUGGGUUUCAUCUUCCAAGGCGGGGUAAUAGCAGCUGCGGAUACACGUGCCAGCGCUGGAGGGCUUGUUGCCUGUCCCGCUGUUCAUAAGAUUACCCCCAUUCACUCCCAUUUAGUUGUCACUUCCUCUGGUAGCGGUGCAGACUGCAUGCUGUGGGAACGAAUCCUGACUAGAGAGAUCAGACUCUACCAGCUGCGGCACAGACGUCGCCUUUCGAUACGUGGCACAGCCAAGCUCCUGUCCUUCAUGCUGCAUCCCUUUAAAGGUACUGAAGUGUGUGUGGCCCUUACUCUGUGUGGCUGGGAUAAGGAAGCAGGCGACUGUGCAAAGGAUUUAGAGGACUCAUACUUUAUGUCUGAUGAAAGCUCCUCAGCUGAUGUUACCAGAAUAACAGAUUCUACAUCUCCUAAGAGUGGCCCAAAGCUUAUAUAUGUGUGCAGCGAUGGAGCCCGACUGCAGGGAGAUAUCUUCUCUGUGGGCUCAGGUUCUCCUUAUGCUUACGGAGUUCUGGAUGGAGGCCUGAAGUGGAGCCUGAGUAAAGAUGAAGCUAUCUCCUUGGCAAGAGAAGCAGUGUUCAGAGCCACUCACAGGGAUGCAUACUCAGGAAACAACGUGGACCUUUUCCACAUCACAGCCCAGGGAUGGAGCCAAAGAAAGAGGGAGGACUUGAAAGAGGAAUAUUACAGAGACAUGGAAAAGAGGAGUAAAGAUAGAAGAGGAAAGAUAAAGAGGGAAUGAACUGAAUGCUGCUAAAUUAAGCAAAGCAUUUAUGUGUGUGUGUGGGGGGGGAGGAAAUGAUGGGAUCAGGGUAAAAUUUAGACAAAGGAACUCUUCACACAUCUAGUAGGUGUGUAGGAGAGGGAUGAGCAUUUCCAAAAGUUUCAAGAAGACUCCCACACACACUGUGUAACUUGCAAAAAUACACUCAUUCACUAUGAUUUGGUGCUUGAUCUCUAUCCGGAAAAUGGUUUGAUUCAAAGAUGAGCCUGUUUAUAAAUACUGAAUGGCUGUAGCUUAGCAAACAAUCAACACACCCUACAUACAAUAGGAAGACCUGAAUUAGAAAACUUCCUUCAACUGAAUGACAACUUUCAAUAAUAUCCAGACAAUCAGAAUCCUAAAAAUCACACACAAUCAGUUGUUAUUAUUUACGGAUCCCAUGGCUGGGAACUUUUCCGUGUUACAGCAGCAAAGGAGAAAGUGCACAAGAUACAGGGAACAACGAUGAAAAAAGAAAAUAAACAAGAAAUAAUCAAAGCACUCAUAAUAUUCUACAAAUUCUUCUACAUGUUGAAAAUCUAGGUAAAAGGCACAGUGUUGUUCUUUGCUGUAAAAAAUGAACUAAAAACAGUGUUUAAAUAUAAUUUUGUUUAACAAUUUACCGUUAUGUUUUAUACUUUUCCUGCUUCAUUGAACCACAGAUAAUCAUAUAAUAAUGAUAAUAAUAAUAACAUAUAAAAUCACAAAGAAGUAUUAAUUUACAUGUUGAUUGUAAAAAAAAAAAAAAAAAACAGGCCAAAAAUGUACUUAAUGUCCAAUUCAAAAAUAUAUUACUGUAAAGAUUUAGCCAAAAUCAGAAAAAUAUUAUUUUAUAGAUAUCUGCUCUUAUUUAAUGGAAAAUUAAUUCAUAAAAAUAUUAAAUACGAUUUUAAUCCAUCAGUUUUGUUAAAUUACAGAUAAUAUCACGUAAAAUCACAGAAAAAGUGUCAUUAUUGACACUUUUACAAUGUGUUGUCA